AUGUCAGUGCCACUCAAAUUAGCGUCUUCCAUGUCUUCUUCAUCUUUGCCAACAUCAAGCUCAGUGAAACUCAAGUCCAUAAUCCAAACUCUCAUCAUCUCUCAAGUUUGUCGACUAAUCCGUGAAAUCUCAAGAGCUUCGUCAAUUCUUGCUAGAGUCUUGAGGAAGAAGCAAUACAAUCUCUUGUCAAUGUCUUGUUCAUUCUAUCCAAAGAGAGCCUCAAAGAAACAAAAGAAUAAUAUAUUAUUCGGCUCCUUUAGACUUCACUACAACUUUUGCUCUUCUCAUGUGGUUCCUGUCUCUGCCCCGGUGCGUCUCCCUGAGGAACUCUACUUGGCUCAUCUCCAAUACGACUCUACUUGGGAGUCAAUGCAUUCCACUGAGUCUAUGGAUGAUGAUGAAAUUCAAGAACCAUCUCAGCUGUCUAGCUAUCUAAAGCAGCUAGAGGAUGAUAAAGCUAAAGAUGGCAAAGAAGAAGAGGGGAAAGAGAUGAAGAUGAUGAAUGAGAUUGAUAAACUAGCUGAUAUGUUUAUAGCAUAUAGUCAUGAGAAGUUCAUGUUGGAGAAGGUUGAUUCGUAUAGGAGAUUCCAAGAAAUGAUGAAUACUAGCAGUUGAUGAUGAUGAUGAUGGAUGGGUCCAUUUGCAUCUUUCAUUUCUUUUUAUGUAAUUUCACUUUUUUCCUUCUUCCUUUUGUUUUAUUUUGAGUUACUUCGUGUUAUCUGGAAAUGUAUUGGAAGCAUAGGGAUGGAUUGUGUGGUGUUUGUCGUGUUACAAUAUAUGGUUGAUGAUGGUGGUGGUUUAGCAAAAUAUAACUAGAAUAGACCAUCCAAAAAGGAAAUCAAUGGAUGAGAGAAUAUGGUUAUUUGUUUUUUUUUGUUACUUUGGCUUUUGUGUGUGUCUUCUUUUGCUAUUGUUGUUUGCUUCUGAUAUACAAAAGAGG